AUGCGGGCAUUCCACAUGACGUGGUUCGCCUUUUUCCUGUGCUUCUUCGGCUGGUUCGGCAUCGCGCCGCUGAUGGCCAUCGUGCGCGAGGACCUGAUGCUGACCAAGGCGCAGGUCGGCAACACCAUUAUCGCCUCGGUGGCCAUCACCGUGCUGGUGCGGCUCCUGAUCGGACCGCUGUGCGACAAGUUCGGCUCGCGGCUCACCUACACGUGGCUGCUGAUCCUCGGCUCGCUGCCGGUCAUGGGCAUCGGCCUAGCGCAAAGCUACGAAUCGUUCCUGCUGUUCCGGCUGGCCAUCGGCGCUAUCGGCGCGUCGUUCGUCAUUACGCAGUACCACACCUCGAUGAUGUUCGCCCCCAACUGCGUGGGCACCGCCAACGCCACCACCGCCGGGUGGGGCAACCUCGGCGGCGGCGUUACGCAGAUGGUCAUGCCGCUGAUGUUCUCGGCGUUCCUGAUGCUGGGCGUCGGCAAGUUCGUGAGCUGGCGGCUCGCUAUGAUCAUCCCCGGCGCCGUGCUGUUCGUCACCGGCAUCGCCUACUACUUCUUCACCCAGGACGCCCCGGACGGCAAUUACCGCGACCUGCGGGCUCAGGGCCGCAUGGCGCCGCGCAGCGAUAAAUCGUACGGCUCCUUUACGGCGGCGGCCAAAGACUACCGGGUGUGGGCGCUGUUCGUGGUCUACGCCGCGUGCUUCGGCAUUGAGCUGACCAUCAACAACGUGGCGGCUCUGUAUUUCCACGACCGCUUCGAGCUCAGCGUCGGCACCGCCGGUCUCAUCGCCGGCCUGUUCGGCCUGAUGAACAUCUUCGCCCGUACUCUGGGCGGCAUCUUUUCGGACACCUUCGCGCGCCGCGGCGGGCUGCGCGGCCGGGUGUGGUUUCUCGGAUGCGUGCUGCUGCUCGAAGGCGUGACGCUGAUGGUCUUCUCCCGCAUGCCGGCGCUGGGCAUCGCGGUCGGCGCCAUGAUCGUCUUCAGCCUCUUCGUACAGAUGUCCGAGGGCGCCACCUACGGCAUCGUGCCGUUCAUCAACAAGAAAGCGGUCGGCCCGGUGGCCGGUAUCGUCGGCGCCGGCGGCAACGCCGGGGCGGUGGCGGCCGGCUUCCUGUUCCGGGUUGAAUCGCUGGCCACCCAGGACGCCCUGCUGAUCCUCGGCAUCGCCGUGGCGGUGUCGUCGAGCCUGGCGCUGUGCGUGCGCUUCUCGCCCGAGGUGGAGGCAGAGGAGAAAGCCGCCUUCGCCGCGGCCCUGGCGCAGCGCGAGGAAGCUCUGAGCACGGCAGCGUAA